CUAUUCCUUCUUUGCUCUACAUUGUUUGUGUGUCCCUUUCUUUAAUAGGCCUCGCCUUGUUCGCUCUCUCACACGCUCAAUAGUCUAUAUAAAUUACCCUCCCUUCCCUUGCUUGUUUGUUAGAUCACUUCCUAAAUAUCUCAAUUUUCCUUUCCAUUUCUUGCUCUGUUUUAUCAUGGAAGCAGCUAAAGAAGAAUUCAUUGGCUUUAACGAUCACACACACCAGAUCGUUAAACGCAAGCGGUCCAAGUGCCAGAGGUCUUCGUCUCUGAUUGUUGGUGUCACCGCGCUGACUUCUAGCUCAUCGAGUCGCAGUGGCGGUGGUGGUGCGGUUGUGGAGGAUUAUGGUUCGAUUACAUCGACGACGACGUCGAGUGACAUAUAUGAAAGUACAGAGGAGGAGGACGAGGAAGACAUGGCAAAUUGCCUAAUUAUGCUCGCUCAAGGUGAUUUUCUUCCGAGGCAAGUGGUUAAAGGAAACGAUAAAAUUCGAAAGGAGAGAUUCAGAGCUCGAAAAAUCUCAGAGAUUGCGAGGGUCACAACCACCAAUAACAAGGCGGCCGGAUUCCAUGUCUAUGAGUGCAAAACUUGUAAUCGUAGUUUUACUUCAUUUCAAGCACUUGGUGGUCACAGAGCGAGUCACAAUAAACCAAAGCCGAUGGUGAUGGAAGAGAAAACAGAGUCUCUAACGGCGGCGUUACCUGCAAUUCAAGAAACCGAUGAAGAAUCGCAAUUCAAUAAAAUUACUCCGACGACUGCUGUUUUAUUCCAGAGUAUUCCCAAUAAGGGGAAGAUUCAUGAGUGUUCAAUUUGUGGGUCGGAGUUCACAUCAGGACAAGCACUUGGUGGGCAUAUGAGGCGACACAGAGCCAACACAAACAACAACAACAACACUGUCGAUGGACCAAUUGAGGUUAAGACGCCGGCCAGAAGUAUUUUGUGUCUGGAUCUAAAUCUUCCGGCACCGGAAGAUGAUCACCACCACAGUACCAUUGAAUCAAAGUUUCAGUUCGCGACGUCAACGCAACCACCUCUCGUGUUCUCAGCCCCGGCUUUGGUGGACUGCCAUUUUUGAAAAAAAAAUAGAGAAAAAGAAAAUUAAAUAAAAUAAACGUGAAUUAUUAUUGUUGAAAUAUUAUUCCAUGAUGAAAUCAUGAAUUAAUUCUUUCAAUUCUUGUAUUUAAUUUAUUUUUGUUGGCUUUUCAAUAUUUUCACAACCACUUAACAACCGCU